AUGGAUGCUGCCUCAAAGCCCUCUGGGAGGCAUCAUCUUGUGAAUGAUACGCCGCAUGAAAAGCGGCAGGCUUCGCGAAAUCCUCCCCAGAUGGGCCGAGUACAGGCUCUCCUGCGUUGCCGACCUCUUUUGCCCGUCUUGGAGGCGGACCAUAGCUGUAAACGCGUGCACGUUUUAGAAAGUUCGAACACCGUCGUGGUGAAUGACUUCGGCGACGCCACGGACGGGGGCGGGGCGCGCCGAUUCACCUUUGAUCGCGUGCUUUCGUCGGAAUCGACGCAGGAGGAGACGUUUGAGGAAGUUGCGCCUCUGAUCAACCAUGUGCUUGACGGCUACCACGCCACUAUCUUCGCCUACGGUCAGACCGGUAGCGGUAAAACCCACACGAUGGAAGGGCUCUCCUACACCACCGCCUCGAAGAAAAUACGUCGAAAACGGCGGCAGAAAGAGAUCCCCUUGCCAAACCUCGACACCCCCGCCGAGUUACAUGGGAUCAUCCCCAGGGCGAUUCAAACCAUCUUCUCCCGCGCACACGAUCGCGAGGCGGAGGCAGGCUCUUCACCACCGCCCGAUACGCCGCCGGAGGAGCGUUUUUCUUAUUCUCUCAAGUGUAGCUAUUAUCAGAUCUACAACGAAACCGUCAGCGAUCUUCUACGCCCGCAGCGUAAAGCAAACGCCCGUCAACCGAGCAGCGCGGCGAACGGGGCUCGAAAGCUCGAUAGUGCGGAUAAAGGCCUCCGGAUCCGGUGGCAGCGCGAUAACACCUUCCGUGUGGAAAAUCUCUUUCUGUACCACUGCGAACGCGCGGAGGAAAUGCGCGAGGCAUUUUUCACCGGGGUUCGUGAAAAGGUCGUGUGUAGCCACCUGUUGAACGACGCCUCCUCGCGCUCGCACUGCGUUUUCACGAUUUACGUCGAAUGCCGCCGAUCGACGACGCUCGAGGUGGUGCGGCGGUCGGAGCUGUCGUUGGUGGAUCUCGCGGGGUCGGAGCGGCUUUCGUUGCUCACGCGCGAUCCCUCCGCGGCGUUCGUGAAGGAGUCGAUCGACAUCAACACGUCAUUGCUCGCGCUCGGGAAGGUGAUCACCUCCCUGGCGGACGGGCAUCGUGCGGGAAAAAGCCACGUUCCCUAUCGCGAUAGCAAACUCACCAAACUCCUCCAACACGCCCUCGGGGGGAACUCCAUCACCGUGAUGAUCGCCUGCAUCGGUCGAUCCGAUCGCUACGUCGAGGAGAGCGUCUCCACGAUGCUCUACACCACGCGCGCGGGUCGGAUUGAGAACGUUCCGCACAUCAAUCAGGAUGCGACCAUCACGCGGGUGAACGAACUCCGCGGCGAGGUCGCCUCCUUGCGGGAGGAGCUGCGGUAUUAUCGAGAGCUCGCGCUCGAUCAGCUCGCACCGCUCUCCGCGAUGGCGGAACGCGCGGCAGCGGCGCCCGGGGCGGCUUCUCCCGCGUUGGAAACCCCCACGAUGGGGGUGAAAUCGCCCGAGGCUGUGGAUCAACUCGCGACGUCGCUCAUCGACGCGUGCGCGAUGCUUCAGCAGGUGAUUGGGGUGAAUCGGGAGCUGCGGGGUGCCUACGAGGUCGCCCUCCGCGCGAAGGAGGCGAGCGAGCGGCGGGAGGUGGAGCUGAAUGCGGAGAAUUUGGCGUUGCGCGAGCGAAUCGAGAUGCUCGAGUCGAUCGCGCUGAAUGAGGCCUUUUUAGACGGCAAGGAGGAUGACGGAGAGGCGGAACGCACCGGCGGGGCGCGGCCGGUCGCGAAUGGGUUGAAAGCCGCGAUGCGGGCGACGUCUGAUUGCCCGGAUGCGGGGAAGGGGAGGGGGGUUCAUGUGGAUUGCGCAGACGACGGGGGGGGGUUGCGCAGCCACGCCCGUUUCGGUUCGAGCGCCUUUCUGUUGGAAUGGGAAGGCGCGGGGCGGGGCCGGGGCUCGCGCGGCGAGGCCUCGAAGAAGACCCUCGAAUCCGUAUCCUCCGACCCCACUCGUGAAACGGAGGUUGGGGAUAAAAAUGGGGGGUCUAAGAAAGGGGUGAGCGACGCCACGGGUCCUGAGGGAUGGUAUUUCCAAACGGAAAGGAUCUUCGCCAAUGGAUUCAAUUCGGCGGAUCCCUUAACCGUGAGGGAUAACGAGAAACGCGCAUCCACUCUGGAGAGUUCGAAUUCUCUGACGGCAAUGACCUCACCUGAUGGCGGUGAGGAGAAACCACGUAAAGAGUUAUUCGACAGAUCGUUGUAUACCCAUACGGAUGAGAACAGAUUAGAUUCCGACCCGAAUGUCAGCGACAUCGCAAAGAAAAGGAAAAAGCGUCUAAAGCGGGUGUUGGUGAGGAAAUUAGCGGAGUAUGAAUCACGUUAUCGUCUAGGGCCGUAUGUCGAGCCCUACGGGGGCGGCCUUCGGACGAGUUCUUCUGGGGGCCUUUCCUCCUCCACGCGUCCUCCGCGGGGUCGUCCACGGCCUCCACGGACCCCCUCUUCCGACGCGCACGAACACGAUGCGCUUCUGCGGAACGUCCCGCUGGAGAUGCGCAACGCGGUGAUACCGAAAUCGCUCCGUGGGGCGAGCUCCUACGGCGAGCUCGACUUUGGCAGGGAGGCCGAAGACGUGGCGCGCUUUGAGGAGAAGCGGCGAGAGUAUAAAGCGCAGCUGGCGGAGCUUCUCGCCCGCCGCAAGGAGCUUCGAAGUAGCUUGCAUCAAGAUAUCUAUGGCCGAUCGUCAGUUCCUGAGGAAGAAAAGAUACCUAAUGAAGCUAAGGGGAUGGAUUCGGGCUCUCACGCGGACGUAUUUUUCAACAAGGAGGCAGCUAUUCAGGCGAGUUCAGUGGGGAUGUCCUCCGCAUCUGUGGAUGGGGAGGGCUCCGGGAGGAAAAUCCAUUUAAAGGGUAGGCACCGCGCCGAUGCCUCGCAGUUCUUGCCCUAUGAGCCUGCUGGAAUAACUUGCCCGCCGUUGAAAUCUUCUAAAAAACGCUCGCAGCACUCGGCUGGUGGGUUGGAGCGACUUUUGAAGUAUCUGGCGAGCGAUAAAGUCUUAUAA